CCUUCCAUUUGAUUGAGCACCUACCGGCUUCGUUGUUCCUUGCGCCUUGUCUUGUCCUUGAUUAGCGAAGUUUUAUUUUGAAUGAAAGGCUUGAUUUGUUCUCUUUGACUAUAUUUCACAAUUGUUUGCACAUUUGCCUAGUAAACGUACACCGUAGCCCUUUACACACCGGGAAUGUAGCUUAACAUUCUGUUCAUUCAACAUUGUGUCUGAUUGUUUACAUUCUGCAAAUUAUGACCUGUGUUAGAUUUUGAAAGAGGAUGGUCUGUAAUUCGAUCGCAACCUUACCUAGAAUUGAAAUUAUCAGCUAUUGGGUUCUAUGGGUCGGUGGUGUUUUUUAUUCAACAUAUCAUGUUUAUCUUGUCAGCGAUACAUUCGGAAAGCAAUUCGGUAUUGAAGAGUUGGGGCCUGGCUGGAGUAUCAUUGGGAGAAGAAAGGACAUUUCAGACUACGAAUGGCAGACGUGGCUUCCAUUUUUGUGGAACCUCCUUCCUUGGUUUAUUGUUCACCAUGUUGGAGCAGAACUGUUACGAUUGUGUCAAUGCAAGGAACUCUUACGAAUUUGGUACAUUUCGGUGACAUGCUUGUUCACAACAAACUACUGUGGCCUGAUUCCUUUGAUACCUAUGAUAAUAUCACCUAUUUUUCUCUUUUUUAUCGCUAAAUUGAAAAGAACCUUGAUGUGUUGGCUGACCAGCAUUUUUCUGCUCAUAGGCCUCAGUUUAUUUCAAACCUCUUUGUUGUCUGAUGAACAAAUUAUGGUACUUUGUGUGUGCUGUGCUUGGGCUCAAUUACGAUGCAUGAGUUUCUGCAUGGACUGGAUAAAUGGUGAAACAUGGUCAGUUGCACCUUUGCUGAAAGAUGACUGCAGUCCUCAAGUUGUCCGUUUACUCUCCUACAUAUUUUAUCUGCCUCUUAUGUUCCUUGGACCCUUUGUACCUUAUAAAGAUUUUGAAAGAGCUAUACAGGCAGAUAUUACAUCCUGGCAGUGUUUUAAAAUGAGAAUUCUAAGACUACUGUUAAACAGUAUACGUUUUCUGGGUUGGAUGUUCUUUACAGAACUCUGCCUUCAUUUUAUUUACUGCAAUGCUAUUCAGCUUCAUUAUGAGGCUCUUCAAUUUUUAGACACUUGGACACUUUUUGGCUUAGCAUACUGCAUUGGUCAGUUCUUCUUAAAUAAGUAUGUUGUGAUCUAUGGACUAAUGGGCACUUUGGCAGAGUUUGAUGCUUUAAAUACUCCACCAGUCCCUCGUUGCAUAGCCCACAUUUCUAUGUACUCAGAUAUGUGGCGCCAUUUUGACCGUGGUUUCUACAAUUUCCUUAGAGGGUAUAUAUAUGACCCAUUACUUGAACAAUUUUCGACUGAUAGAAAGCGUCAUAUACUGCUGACCACAGUUUGUUUUGCAUUUGUGUAUGUUUGGCAUGGACUAUCACUGAACAUAUUUAUUUGGUCUCUCUGCAAUUUUGCAGGAAUUAUACUAGAGUCACUUGGCAGAGAGGUAACUACUCUUCCCUCUUACCAAGAGCUUGAGAGGAAACUCUCACCCGCUAAUGUUCGCCGGCUCAGGGCAUUGGCUACUAGUCCUCUGUUCAUAAUGUCUGCUAUGACCAUGUUCUUCUUUUUGGGAGGAUAUGAAGUAGGCAUUGUCUUUGUUGCGCAAAUUUACAGCAGCUCUCUUUUGCGUUUUGCUGUUCUCCUUCUCUUUGCAUACUGCAUGUGUCAAGUAUCCAUAGAGAUAAAAUUGAUCAAAGAGAAAUAUGUGAAUACUCAACAAAAAGUGAAUUAAAUAUUUUAAAAAGAAUAUAAUGCAAUUCAUAUUCCAUGGUGAACAAGGUUGAAGUAUCAGGUCAACUGUGCUUUAUUUCAUGACAUAGGAAGCUAAACAUUACAGAUCACUAACUUUGUUUCACUUUGAACAAGUCUGAACAUAAAUAGCAGCUACCUCGUCAACAAUCUCAAUCACUUCAAAUGUGUAAUUUGAAGGAGAGUUUUAGCCAUCUACUUCUUGCUAUCACAAUCUAUGUCCAAUAUUUUAAAAAAGAUUAUAAACAAUUUCUAAUUCCCUUAACUACUCCAGAUGGUAUGGUAGGGAAUCUGAAAGACUCACAUUUUGCACUAGCAACUGCACCUGGUCAAAUCAGCUGCUCCAGAGUUCUAAAAAAGUUGGAAACCAAAGCAAUGGUAUAGCAACAAUUCUUUGCCUACGUAAUUCGGUUAGGUUCGGGUAAUUAAUACCAUGAUGUAGUAAAAACAAGUUUAAGUACACUUCCAGACAGUUUGAUGUUAUGAAUAUCUGAAAAUAUAAGAGAAAA